GGCAGGCGUUGGACCAGGCAGUCAGCCCUGCAUAUAUUUCCACUCUCUUUCUUACCAUUUCCACAAAAACACCUGAUUUCGACUGGGACCUCUGCUCUGCUCUGCUCUGCUCUCUCCCAUAUUUUACACCUUCAUCUCCCCACCUGAAUUCUGCUUUUGUUUUCUCUACACCUUUUUUUUUCAACCAUCCACAUAUAUAGCUGCAAUGAUUUUCACCUCGCCAUGGAUUUUCAAUAUAGUGUUUUGAGAGUUUGCUUAAUUCCUGUCACUCGGGGGAGUUACAAUCCCUGAUAGAGUAAUAGGAUACUCCUUAUCUUCAGAACAAGUCAGCUUUAACAAGGAGGAAGUUACUUAGCAGAAAUGGGAGCAACUUAUAGCACAGGAGGAAUCUUCCACAUACCAAAAGCACAUGAAGUUCUGGUCAUCUCUAGCGCAGGGAUUGAUGGCUUUAAGAUUGCUAGGUCGGGUGUUGCUUUCUGCCUCUGGCCUUUUCGGCUCUUGAAGUGGAUGCCAUGACUGCUGAAAAAAAUUCCAGUCAUCCUUCUGGUUGACUUCAUAGUUUGUCCAAAUCGUAAGGAGGUUGAGUUAUACAAGUAUGUCGAAAGUUUUCCUACAGGGGACAAAGCUAGUGUCAAGCAACUCGUUCAAAGUGUGGGUUGAUAGGGCAACCCGUGAAGUUGUUGCUUUAAUCACCCUAAGUGAGAUCUUUGCAAGAGCUUUAAGUGAGCAGGUUUUAGACAAAGUCAAAGAAGAGCUGAACAAGCGUGGACUUUGUAUCCACCUCUACAGUGUUAUUGAUUCUCCUGGACAGAAACCAUUCUCGUUAAUGAUCCAAACUAAUGAGAUGGUUGCAACAAGCUUAUUAAAACAAGUUGCUGCUGAACGAAAAAUGAGGGAAGAGGUUGCAGUGAAGGAAAUGGAAUCGAAGGCACUGCAACAGGCAGCCAAUCUUGAUGCAGAAGUGAAGAUGAACGCUAUGAAGUUGGAAUAUCUGAGAAAAAAAGGAGGAGAUCAAGCUAAAGACAGAAACUGAACUCCUUGCCCAUCAACUAGAGAUUUUGGUGUCUAAAAAAUUUACUGAACUCGCCAUACAGAAGGAAAAACGUGCUACCCUUGUAUAAAUCGCCAAGCUGAAUGCUGAAAAAAGAAUAGCUGCUGAGGAGGCAAGAUUACAUCAAGAAAUUGAGGAGAAGAGAGCUAUGGCCAAGAGGAAGCAGAGCAUUUCUGGGAAAAGAUAGUGGAAAAUGAGAUUAAAGGUAUUCUUCAUUAAGCUUAUAUCUCUAUUUACUACCUCUUUCGCCAAGAACCCUUUCUUGCUUGAUCAUAGUAGAGCGAACUUGACGUGGCCUUUUAUGUUGUCAUCUUGUUUUACUUCCAUUCAAGAUUUUUUUUUUUUUUUUUUAAAAAACUAAUUUAUGGUCAAUUUCAAGUAGUCAGAUGGCCUGUCACUGAAAGCAAAAAACUUGAGAUUUAUCUUCUAACUAUUUUAUAUGCUUUCUAUUUCAUGCUUCAUUUUGUUUCAUUCAUUAUCUGGUCUGGUAGUGAAUAUCCCAGUGCCCGCCAUAAUGUUUUCUGUAAAAAUAAGCAUUUUCUUUGCUGGUUUGUGGUUACAAAUACCACAGAGUCUAAGGGCUGAAGCAGACCUAACCAUCAAGUAAAACGCACUAGAGGCUGCUCUUUAUGAAAACAAAAAGUCGCAGAAGGCGAAAGAUUGAUGCUAGAAGCCGAGGCUUAUAGAAAGGAAAAGGAAGCGGAAGGACUGAUUGCUCUUUCUGAUGCUCACGAGGCUCACAUUCUGAACUUGCUGUCACUAUUUAACGGAGACUACAACACACUCAGAGAUUUCUUGGAGAUUUAUGAUGUUUAUUCAAGGACAUUGUCCAAGUAAAUGUUGAAUCAGAAAGUCUGCAACUAAAUAUUAGCCUUUGAACAAAAAGGGGAGUAGCAACUACCAACUGUUGAUAGAGUGUGAAAAUCGAAACUGAAAAAUCAUGUAGGAUGAAAGAAUUACAUACAUACAUACAUAUAUAUAUAUAUAUAUAUAUA